AAAAUAUGACAUCAUUAUGGAAUAUGUACUUAAGGUCACAUUUUUAAUAUUUAUCACCAAUAUAAUAUAUAUAAACUAAAUAAAUUUAAAAGAUAUAAGAAAAAAUUAGAAGGCUAUCUUUUUAAGUGCUAUUGGGAUUACCUAAAAUGUUUCUGCUAAGUUCCGAGACUCUGUAUAAGUAAAUUUAAUUUUAAAACUCCCUUUUCAACUAACGAUCCAUCAUUAUUUGACUACUAUUAGAAGUUGGUAAAUAUAUUGAAUAAAAGGAUGGAACUUGAAUAUGUAGAACUAGAUUCUGCUUUUGAAAAGAAAAUCUGAAAAUGGUUUUCAAAAGCUAAUGAAAUAUUCCUUGAACUGGUGCAUAGCCUGAUGGAGACAUUAAAAAGAAGGAAUGGAU